AUGGACGCCAUGAGUGCUGCUCCUGGACGCUUUGAUAUGCUCUUGACGGAGCUAGCACAGCAACAUGGUAGCGUUGAGUCCUUGAUGGAUUCAUUUUUUGACUUUCUAUACCGCAAAACGGACUUUUACGUGGUCUCCAAGGACCCAGAGAGACACAAGAUGGGAUUUUUACCUGGUCAAGCACAGGAAAAAGUGCUGAAAGCCUUUCAGAAGUACCCAAUGAAGAUUCUGGAUGGAAAUAAUAGCUACAAUAUGAUUGCCAAGAAGAACGCUGCGACAAUUGACCAAGUUGUAUCUGCUGCAAGUUCAAUUAAAGCUUCUUGUGGUGCUAAAAAUGAACCGAAGCUUACGGACGAGGGCAAACAAUUUCCUGUGGGUAAUGGAGGACGAGCAGGAACUUUUACAUGGACGCAGACUUUGGAGGAAGUUUCAAUUCAGAUGGAGUUAGUACAAGGCACUCAAGCAAAGGACUUGGACUGUCGGAUUACAUCUACGCACCUGUAUGUGGCAUUGAAAAGCAACACGAUCAAGCCACUUCUGGAAGGAGAGUUUCCAGAACAAAUCCGUGUGGACGAGAGCAUUUGGUCGCUAGAGAGCAACCAUACACUUCUCAUCAUUCUAGAGAAGACCAAACCGACGUGGUGGGCUAGUGCACUGAAAGGAGAACCAGAGAUUGACACGAACCAAGUAGAUUAUCGAAGGAGUAUUUACGAGUACGAUGAAGUCACACAAGGUGCUAUCAGAAAAGCUGUAUACGACCAACGUCAAUACCAGUCGAACGGUAGAGUGCCACUUACACCAGAGGAGCAAAUGUUGGAGACAGCAAAGGACUUGCCUGGCUCUCCUUUUCUGUCGUCAACACAAUAA